AUGGCUUUUAAACAGCCAUGGUUAAUUUUACCAAUUCGUCAACGUAUUAAUAAGACUAAAAUCAAUUUUGACAACAAUAGUCUUUGUCAAGUAUGUGGUGAUAAAGCACAUAUUUUUAAUUAUGGAGCUUUAACAUGUGCAUCUUGUAAAACAUUUUUUCGUCGUCAUGGUUUUCAUCCUGAAGAUAUUCCAGAAUGUGAUUUUAAUGAAGAUUGUAAAAUUACAAUACAAUCAAGAAGAAUGUGUACAGCAUGUCGUUUUGCUAAAUGUCUUGCAGUUGGAAUGAGUCCAGAUCGUAUUCGAAAAGAAGAUCUUACUGGAAAAUGUCGUGCGUUAAUAAAAUUUAAACAGCAAGAAAUUGUUGCAUCGACAUCUAUCUCAAAAGAAUUUUGGGAACGUCAAUUUUUAAUUCUGUUCCCAUUCCCGUGGGAAUGGGAAUGGGAAAAUUAG